UACGCUUCUGUAGUUUUGUAAAAAAUAUUUUUAUUAUAUCAAAGAAAACCGGAAAAGAAAAGCAUUUUUUACCACAUAAUCAUAUAAACGUUACGUUAAGAAAGAAAUCCAGAAAAAGCAGCAAUAUAAAUUAAACAUUUUUUUCUGUACUGUUCGGCACGUGUUACGAACGAAAAAGGAGAAAAAUUUGGAGGAAGUUAAUAAAGUUGGCCUACAUCAUUGCUAGACGAGGAAAAAAAUAAUCUAAUUAAAAAGGAAAAUGGAUAAUAUCGAACAUUUGUAUAAAUGCUAUGAAGUUUUGUCAGAAGCAGGUGAUAGAAUAUCAGAGCAUGUUAAAGAAUAUAAAGAUAUAAUAGAGGCAGUCAAAGGUUCUUCAAAAGAGAAACGCCUAGCCUCUCAAUUUAUUGGAAAGUUCUUCAAGUAUUUUCCCGAUUUGGCUGAAACUGCUAUAGACGCUCAACUAGAUUUAUGUGAAGAUGAUGAUAUGCAGAUACGUCGACAAGCUAUAAAGGAUUUGCCGAAACUUUGUCAAGACACCGUGGGUAUAACUUCCAAAGUUGGUGACACCCUAGCUCAGUUAUUGCUUUUGGAAGACCCCUUAGAAUUGCAGCAAGUGAAUAACUCUUUGCAGACAAUUAUUAAGAUGGACGCUAAAGGCGCUUUGUCUGGUAUUUUCAUACAAAUUUCCAGUGGAGAUGAAACAACGCGUGAGCGCUGUUUUAAAUUUAUUGCUACUAAGCUUUUUGCAAUGGGACCUACAGUAAUAACGAAAGAGGUUGAAGAAUUUAUUAUCGAUGAAAUCAAAAAAAUUUUACAGGAUGUCACAGCAGACGAAUUUCAUUUGUGUAUGAAUAUCUUGGGAUCCACAAAAUUGGGCAACACCAUUAUUGGACACGCUGAAUUAGUUGCUUUAGCUAAAGAACAGGCCGAAUUAAAUGCACAUAUCGAUGCUAUUACCAUUGAAGAUGAGAUAGUGGAGCGUUUUAUACAAUGUGCCACGCAUGCCAUACCGUACUUUUCGAAUACUAUAAAAUCUACCGACUUUGUCGUAUAUGUUUGCGAUAAAUUAUUGCCGCUUGGUACUUGGAAUAUGAUAGCUACAUCCGUGACACAGGAUCAAGUUCAGUUGCGUUUGUUAAAAGUGUUUGCUGAAAUGUGUACCUAUUGCGACGUCCUAGACAAUGCAACACAACGUUUAGAUAAUGUUUAUCAAGUGUUAAGGGAAUACAUGCCAUUGCCGCAAUUGAGUGAUGAUGACGUAAGCAGUCCGCCACCAUCAUUCCAAUUCUCUCAUGCCGAAUGUCUACUUUACGCUUUACACACAUUGGGUAAAAAGCAUUCGGAUAAUCUAUCGUUUGUGCAUGAUACGGAAAAGUUAAAAGAUUUCCGCUCUCGAUUACAGUAUUUAGCUAGAGGUACACAAGGUUACAUUAAAAAGCUGGAGGAAGCAGUAAAAGGCAAAACUACUGAAGAAUUAAAAUCCGAAGAAAAUCAAUUGAAAUUAACUGCGUUAAAAACUACGUCGAAUAUCAGCACUUUAAUACGUGAUCUCUUCCAUUCACCACCCAGUUUCAGGCAUGACGUACAAUUGUCGUGGGUAACACGCAAAAAUAAUAAAAUUGGUAAACGUCACGCAAUCAUAACAUAUGAUGGUAAAAGUGAAAAUGGCAGAGAUGAUGAAAAAAAAUCCCGGAAUUCUUUAGAACAGAAAAUCUACUCACCACCGUCGGGGAAAUAUUCUGCUAAAGUGCAAAACUAUGGCAGCGCUAGUGGCAAUAAUCGAGCGCGUUCACGCAACAAUUCUGGAGGUGGUGGCUAUCAGAAAAAUCGGCGCAAUUUUAAGAAAUAUUGAAAAACAAAAGACGUCAACUCAACAUUCUACUCAAAUUUAAUUACAUCUUCGAAGCAUCCUUAAAAUUAUGUGAAGCAAUUUUUGCAAGACAAUGGUUCAGUCGCAGAACUCCUUUCAUCUAAACAAGGUAAGUUUGAGAUUGAUUCUUAAUAAUGGUCUUUUUGUUCAUUUUCAGCUGAAAGAAAAAAAUUACUUCGUUCCAACACCCGUUCGUAUUUAUUUUUUUGAAAUUAAUAAAAAAAAAAAAAAAUUAUCAAGUACUCAUACUUUCCCUAUAUCAUCAUCCCAUAUAUUUCAAUCACUCCUAACCAACUUUUUCAUUUCAUGCUAAAACUGUACCUUUUCCAUUAAUUUCUGUGCUUUCGUUCUCAUGUUUUCAUGUUUUGGUUGUAAAAGCAAUUGUGAAAAGCUUUUUUUAUACAAAUAUUCAAAUUUUUAUUUCAUUUUGUUUUGCAAUUAAAACAUUUGAAAAAUGUUAUGAUAUAUAUUAAAUGAGUAUUGUAGAAAUGAAUUCAAGCAACACGAAAGGGUAAGGCCCGAAACAAAUAUUUUAUUAAAACUUCUUACAAAACGUUUUGCUUUCAUAUUUAUUUCUUAUUAUUACAAUUUUUACAAUUUCUUUGUAACCUUUUGUGUUAAAACGUUUUGUUUGAAGUUUUACAUAUAUAUUUUUUUUUUUUUUUUGUUUUUCUUU